AUGCUUUCUCUACUACAGUAUGCCGUACUAGCGGUGCUUCUACCGCCCACAUUGGCACUUCGAUACGACCAGCACGCUGCGUUCACGCCAGAUCACCUUCGUGAGCUCAAGGCUCAUACCAGAUCACUUUUCCAGCAUGCCUGGGACUCGUACAUGGCGUUUGGGUUCCCAGCAGACGAGGUGAGACCGCUUACGUGUGAACCGUACGGGCCUGACUAUGCGAAUCCACUGAAUAUGAGGAACGACGCUUUGGCGAAUGUGUCGCUGACUGUGAUAGACAACCUAGACCUGCUUUUCGUGAUGGAGGACUGGAGCCAGCUCGAGAAGGCAUUGGCGUAUUUGCAUGAAAACCAGGCGACGCUUUUUGAGCAGGAUACGAUUGUUCAGGUGUUUGAGGCGCUGAUUCGGUGGCUUGGUGGGCUUCUUUCGGCCCAUUUGAUGCUUACAGACGUGCCGUGGCCUAUGGAGGAGAAGUAUGACGAGAUUAGAAGGAUUUGUGAAGAGUAUGAUGGCUUUUUGCUUCUUCUAGCGUAUGAUUUGGGAAUUCGCUUGAUUCCAGCUUACCAGUCAGAAACGAACUUGCCGUUUCCAAGGGUCAACCUUGCCAAGGGCCUUGAAGCUGUGCCUCUGCACUUGAACGAUGUGACUUGCACUUCUGGAGUGACCACGCCGUAUGUGGAGUUUGCACUUCUUCUGAAACUUACUGGCGACAUGCAAUUCGAGAAGUUGACGAGUAUUUCGUUCUGGAAGAUCUGGCACUCUCGGUCCGUGCUAGGCCUCUUAUCUAUGACCAUCGAUCCGGUGAAAUCCGAAUGGAUCGACUCAAUUACAGGCGUGGGAGCGCUGGUCGACUCUUUCUACGAGUACGCUGUUAAGGGAUCCAUUAUAUUCAACGAUAAGAGCUUGUGGCUGGUGUUCAGUAGAGCUUACAUGGCGCUUUUAUCACACCUGGCUCAGAGCAACGGUAUCCACGAUCCAACAAUCUUUGCCAAUGUUAACACUGGAAGUGGAGAGAUUGUGUCUACGUGGAUUGACUCUCUAGGUGCUUUUUGGGCUGGUCUUCAGGUUCUAUCUGGUAGACUUACAGAUGCUAUACUGAGCCACCUUAUUUAUAUGAAAAUGUGGGACUACUUUGAUGCCGUACCUGAAAGAUGGUCUUUCUUGAGUCCUGCUUCGAGACUAGAUCUGGAAGAGGAGAAGCUUGCCAACGCUAUCAACCUCGAAUGGUACCCAUUACGUCCAGAGUUCAUCGAGUCCACAUACUAUUUAUUCAGGGCCACCAAGGACCCUAUGUACUUGCAGAUUGGUCUUCGUAUUCUUUCUGUUUUUGAAACAAGAUUUAUGGCUGUUUGCGGAUUGGCUGGUUACCAGGAUGUCAAGACAGGCAAGCUUCAGAACAGAAUGGAGACUUUUGUUAUGGGCGAGCUGCUCAAGUACUUGUAUUUGCUUUUUGACGAAGCUGAUGAGGUGUUUUUGCAUAAGCCAUUUAUGUCCAGAAAGAACUGGGUCUUUUCUACUGAAGCACAUCCUUUAUGGUACACUUCCAAGUAUGGUGUCCAUUCUGCAAAGCAGUUCGAAGAGAGGCUACAGAACCUUCGCCAGCAUGCUAAAUCUGCAAAAACGUCGUCAUACAAGCGUUCAUUUAUUCAAACCUUAUGGCUGAAACUUGCCAAUUCGGAUAGAAAGUUGGUGGACAACUUUAGAGAUACACCAAAUGAUAGAAACGUCACCGACAUAGACUGGGAGCGGUUGGGAGUCAAAGGAUUCCAGCCUGCUCUUGAAGCAUUUGACCAAUGUGAAGCAAAACCAAGACAGCUCAAGACUCACGAACUUUCGUUCAUGCAAUCGGGAUAUUAUACAUGGAAGAACCUUUUCCAGCCCGAGGCAAAGUACCAGAACACAUUGGUCAGACCAAGCCAUUUAGCAAAGCACCUUAAAGAGGUGCCCAACCACUAUAUUGAGCUUACUCCAGCAUUUUACCAUACAUACACAGCGUUUGCACCAAAGGACAAGGACGAGAAGCUCUUCCUUCAAUGUGCUCGUGCACCUACAACCAAAGAAACAGAUUGUGUUUUUGACGGUCCUGUCAAACCCGAAGAGAAUGAAAUGUAUAUAGUUACCGAGGCAGAGGCCAAGUCGAGGUUGUCUCCAAAUGAUGUGGUGAUACCAAGACUUUCAGGGCGGUUAAAGAUGGAAGUGCUUACGCUUGGAGAUAUCGAUUCCACCAAUACGCUCAUCACGAAGGAUUACAUCAAGAAAGCUCGUCCAGAUACGUGGGUUUCGAGGAAGUCUGAAGUGCUCAGAGUGAUCCGAGCCAAUGGAGUCAACGUGGGGCGGUACAGAACGGUAUGGACGUCCCGAAAGACGGUUCAGAAUGCCGAAUUGGUGAAGAUAUCGAAGGACGGAAGAAUGUAUGUUCAGGGAAGCUACAUUGAAAAUUUAAGAGUUUACUAG